AUGGCGUGGCACACGUUCGGAGUUCUUGGCGCGUUUGUGAGCUGCUGCUUUGUCACCCCGAGCAGCGUCACCGGGCCCACAGCGUCCUUGGUUUUGUCCAGCUCUGCGCUUGGCAGCAUUGCACCGGCGGUGGUGUGCUUCAGCCCUGGACUUUCCCAGGAGCACCUCGAGGCGUUUGAUGGCCAGUGGGAACUGCAGCUCCGCUUCGCCACCUUGCGGCCCAGGACUGUGCAGCUUCAAGAGCCCCUGGAAGAGCAGCCUUGUGGUGCUUGGUUCCUGGACCUGGCGGUUGAGGGUGCGGAAGGCCUGCAUGGCUUUCCCCACAUCGCAGGGUGCAAAUGGAAUGAAAGCGUUCCACAGAUUUCCUUGCAAUUGUCCGGCGAGUUCCCAACAUGUCGCGGGGACGGCUGUAGCUUUCACCUGGCUUUGAACGUGGAGGUGACUGAAGCUUUUGAAGAUGCCAGCGAAGUUGCAGAGAUUGCGGCGGUUUGCCGAGGGACCGGGAACUGCUCCAUGCAUGAAGGUGUCGAAGUUCUCUCGUUACCGGUUUCCUCGAGAAGAGGCACUCGAAACGCUCUGAGCCCUGGCGGCCCGCCUGGCGGCCCGCCUGGCGGCCGAGGCUCUGUGAUCUUCGAGGAUCUUCCUCGCCACCAGCGGGCGCUGCUUCUGGAAGAGGACUCGGAGAGUCUCGUGAACCUCAGCCUAAGCUUACAAUUGCCUCCCGACGGUCUUGAUCUUCGGCCCAUUGUGAAUGUCUCCAGCAUUCUGAUACGGAUGCUCCUCUUUCCUUUGAGCUCCUGGGAGGUGACGACAUGUGAGGCGAGCAUCGGCAUUUGCGAGACCGAACACUUUGGACCUUAUCGCAGCUGGGUGUCGCUGGACAUGUCGGCAGCUUGGGAUGUGGGCACAGGCUCAGCCGGCCUGUGGGAUCCAGGCUCAGAUUGGCGAUCCUGGCAACUGGCACUGCCUGCUCCCCGCACGGCCUUCUUUCCUAGCCAAGUGGUAGCAGAGCUCAUGGUGAGCGGGGAAGAUGAGAAUGCAUCUCUUGUCGAGUUCAGUGGCAUCUUUCCCUUCGCAGCCUUUUGGCGUCGCCAGUCGCGCGGAGCACCAGCGAGUCCAGUUCUUCAGCUGCUGGUCUUUGGUCGCUCUGGCCAUGGGCGCAGCCCGUUUCCUUCCAAAAGAAAUGAGAUCCUGGUGCGCCUGGAGAUCCCCACCACACUGACUGCUGGGACUCGGGGUGGGGUCGGCCUCUCGCUACGUCUUCCAGAACACUAUGAGUGCCUCAGCGCCGAAACCAUGCUCCAGCUCCCAGUGUUCGACGUUCCAUCUCAAGAUGCCCACUUGCUCGAGUCCCUUGAAGUGUCCCGUGAUCUGGAAGAUUUCCUGGGGCCCAUGGCGCAAAGAACAGGGCGAGGGUGGAGGCAACGAGGCACCCGGCCCAGCGAGUGCUUCCUGGACCUCGAGGAGUUUGAGGCGUUCUACACUGGCCAACAAAUCUAUGUGAAGGUGGCGUUUCACACACCGGGAUCCGCGUGCCCAGCCGAGCCUUGGCACCUGGAGCUCCGCAGCCGAGGCGAGGACUGGGAGGCCUCCACACCCGAAGCGCUCAGCUUCCCUAGCUCGGGCUCCGAUCUCUUCUGGCAAAGCGGCAUGAGCGUGCUCGGCGACAUGCGAGAUGUCACCCUGCAGCCGUCCACGCUGUCCUUUUCUGCUGCGGCCUUUUGGCUGACCAUCACUUUGCAGCCGACCUUGGCCUUUGCAUCGGCUGUGGUCAUCGACGGGCCGAAGAGCGUCGAUUUUCAAGGCUGUACGGCUCGCGUGCUGAACGAGGCUCUGCGAGCUGAAGGCGUUCGCGCCUUGCCACUUGCAGAGGGCCCAAGCCCAAGCUGCGUGGCCGGCACGUGGCCUUGCCUUUUCCGGCAGAUGCAGCUGCCUCAUUGUGCCGAAGACCCUGCCCCAACCCUGCCCAGAAGUCGAGCUUUCGUCCAUCUGAGAGAGCACCUCGAGACCGGUCAGUUGUAUGGCUUCGAGGUCUCGGUGCGCGCUUUGAGCCUUGCAGCCGGUGAGUGGUAUGUGUGGACACAGACGAUGAGCAGCUCCGGACCUGAACUUGUGGAAGGGUCGCUGGCCGUCUUCAACCCAGACCACGGGGAGCCUCCAUGGCAACUCUCGCUCGAGGACUUGCAGGUCAACAUCUCCCUCUCGGACCGCAGGCCCUUCCUUCUCAGCGGAGUUACCGGGAAAGUCUCGCUUCACUUUCUGAGUCCCCGCACCGGCAGGAGCGGCUUGCGAAUCCUCGCUCCCAGCGGAUACAUCUGGGGCCCGCCCGUCACGGCUGGUUUCCUUCCCCGCGAUUGCUGGGCUGCUUUGGCGAUGCCAAGCGGCUGGCCGGGCUGCGAGGCGGUUGCCAAUGUGGUCACUUGGGGCGGCAUCGACCUCGUCGCCAACAGGACUUACAUCCUGCAAUUGGAGGUUCGAGUGCCGAUCCAGAUGCCUCGCUUGGGAAGCAAUGCUUUCUUCGUGCAGCUGGGUGCUUUCCCCAGCUCCUCAUUGGAGGCCCACUGGGCCGGCGCGGUCGUGAGCAAUGACGUGAUGGGCGAGCUGUUUCUGAUCUUGGCGAUCUCAGAGGCCUCGGUGGCUUGCUCUUGCACGGCUGCGGGCAUCCGCGCAAACUACGUGCGGUUCACCGUGCGCUUGCCAGCUCUGCAGUCAGGCAAUGUCCUGCAGAUUUCUGGCGACGUGGCUACGGCUGGCUUGACCUUCUCUGCAUCCUGUGCCAUCCGCCCUCCGCUUGCCACCGACAUGCCUCGCGGCGCCAUCGCAGUGCCCGAUGGAACCGACUGCCAGUACCACACGACGGAGAAGACACUCUUGGACAGCGGGGGCCUUCUUCGCUUCGUGAAGGCGCCGGUCUUGGUUUUAAGCGCCUCGGUGCCGUGGGUUGGGAACGCCUUGUAUGCGGUGGAAGUGCUCGGCCGCAAUCCGCUGAGCCCCGGCCCGGCCGGGACCUGGACCUUCCAAGUCUUCGACGCAGAAAAGCAAUCCUUGUUUCUCGCUGCAUCGGCGGUUGGCUGUCCGGUGCGCCGUGCUCUUUCGGCAGGGUUGCUGGCUGCACCGGAGCCCUACAGCGAGCAGGCGAUGGCUUGGGAAAUCACUGGACGGCCAGGGCAAAGGGAUCACGUGGUGCUCUCUCUGUCAGUGACAGAGCGACCAGCCGUGGAAAAGGCUUUUCUCCCGCUUCGCCUCCGAGCUCCCAAGAACUGGAGCUUUGCGUCUCCAACUGCGGGGGGUUCCUUCGACGACGACUGCUCGGCUUAUCCGGCUUACCCCGAUCCCUCCUCCAGAACUUUGUGGCCGGGACAACUUGGAGCGUGCCGUGCACGCGGCCGUGAAGCGGUGAUUGAUGUGCCAGCCGGCCUGGAGCCGCUGAACGUCUACUCUUUGCGGGUGGCUGUGAUCAAUCCAAGCUACGACGAGCUCUCCAACUCAGAGGAAGCUUUUCUUUGGUUUCUGGAGCUCGGGGAAGAAGCGAGUCCCCCGCUUCUAGGUCCCCAACUCCGACUGCUUCGAAACAUCCGCGUGGAGCCCACGAGCACCGCGGCCCAGGGCCGCAAAGCACCCCUUCUGCUCAGCUUGGUGCCUUCCACAUCCGUUCCUUCACAUGGACGCCUCCGCAUCACAGCACCGCAAGGCAUCGCUUUCGAGCCAGGCAGCUGUCUUUUGGUGGAGUCCGCUGGUGCCUGUGAGCAAUGCUCCGCCGUGGUGGAAGCUUUGGACGAUCUUGCGGCCGCUGCGACGAAGGCUGGCGGAUGGUGUGCUUCAACCUCUGAAUGUUCAGACGAGGCCAGCGAUUGUCCAGAGGCUUACUUCUCGUUUGCUGUGGCACUGUCUACGGCGCAGCAGUCUGAAAGCAUCAGUGUUGCAGCAUCGUGCAGCUUUCGAUUGCUUCCCGAAGACGUCCAUUGCGAGACGGAGGAUGCAUCCCAAACCGGCCAGUCGCUGGUCCUGCAGCUUUCGCGAAUGCAGUUCGUUUUUGGCCGGCGGUACGAGGUUUCUGUGGACAUUCGACACCCUUCCGUGGAUGUCGCCGAAAAUCUCAGCGACCCAUGGGAAGCUUGGCAGCUGCAGACGGAAACGCUAGUGGAUGGCCUGUGGCAGCCCGUGGACGUGGGCGAGGCACCAAGCUAUGCUUUGUCUCCGGCGUUGGGCUUGAAUGUUGAGCUACAGCUGGAGCCGCCCAAACGUUUGCGCAACGGGUCCUUUUGCCAGCCGCCGAUCUCUGGUGGGAGCAGAGGCGUGGUCCAUGUGCUUCUGGACUUGGCCCUUCCACUGCUCCAGGGAGACGAGCUCUACAUCUGGCUGCCACACGACCAGCUCAUCUCUUCUUGCCAACUCUCGGACCUUUCAGCACCAGAACCACCAGAACGAGAAGGAUCACCCCAGGCUUCGCUCUGUGGCGAUCCGGCAGAGCUCGAGAUUGACUGGGAGGCCACGGGUGGCACGGUGCCUCCGGUGCUGGAAGUGGAUCCAAACGCAACCAGCACAGCGUCCACCACGAGUACAGUUACCAGAACGAGCACCACAAGCACGACCACCAGCACCAUAACAUCAACAACGUAUUCGGGAUCAAGUGCAGACUGCGACAGCUCUGAUGGCGGCCUGUGUUUGAACUGCCGCUGUGAUACUCACUGCGAGCUGCUAUUGACGGGCACACAGGGGUUGGGCCAAAUUCAGAUCCGCCUGGAGAUCCUUCAGGGGCAAAGCGUGCAACAUGGCCGGAGCUAUUGGCGCGCGGCGCACCAGCGCUCCGGCAGCACGCUGGCAUCGGAGGUGGCCCCGACGUGGGCAGUGCGGCCGAUGCUCAAUGCAGCGGUACGCCUCACUGCAGGACAGCGGCCACCGGAGCUCGCAUCUGGAAGCAUGAAGGCGUGGCCAUCACAAUCUGCCGGCAGCGACUCCGUGCUGACCAUGGAGCUGAAUCCACGGUUAUCGGCAUCGCACCUGCGCCUGGUGGCUGUCUCCCCGCCGGACUUCGACUUCUUCGGCACGGAAAGCAGCCCAGGCAUCGUGCUGGAAGCCCUUGGCCCACGGCUUCUGCUGGCACUCCCUCUGCAGCCCUGGAGCCGCCGAGAGAUCUGGUUGGGUCCCGUUCGCUUGGGACGCGGAGGCGGCCCCACAACCUUCCACCUGGCAACGAUGUUUGGCGAAGGUGCUUUCGACAUCGUGGAGGAAGUGUUGGGACUUCGUGGCUUUCGGUUGCCGGGAAGCAUAGAGUGCCAUGAAGCGAGACUCUGGCGUCAGCUUCUCCCCUCUGAAAAUGCACUCAUCGCUUCUUUACCUGCCAGAUUGGGAGAGGCCGCCUGGCUGUCGCUUACCUUCUCCCUGGGGCAGCCAGCCAAAGCAAUGGCACGUCUGACGCUGUCCUCUCCGAGAACCUGGGAGCUCCAGGCGACUGGCGCAAGCUUGGCCGAGGUCGCUGCAGAAGAGGUCCUACGCACGGUUCCUUUGGCCAACGCGACAUCCUUCACCAUUAGCAGCCUCAGCGUGACGCUCGUUGAAGAGCUCCUUGCCAGGCCUCGAACCUACUCGCUUACGGUUUGGGCGCUUUCCUUCAGCUAUGAGGAACCGCCAGGCAGCCCCUGGCUUCUUGACGUCUUUGAUGGCGCAACGCUGCCCGUGGCCACGAGUGAUCUCGGCUUCAGCCUGCCCCUGCGAGGAGCUUGGCCUUUGCCUGCGUUGUCGCUGCAGCUCUCCAUGGGAAGCCCUCCGCCGGGUGGCCGCACCUUCGCGCGGCUGCUUCUGAAGCCCUGGCUUCUCAGUGCAUGGCUCAUGGUGCUGCCGCCCCCGGGCUGGGUUCUGCUGCGCGAUGCUUCGCCUAGCCCGGGCCCUCAGGGCCGACGAUCCAUCGCCUCCCUGGGCUUCCACGACCUGUCAGCUGGCUGGGAGGUCGACCUCCAAGUGGCUGCCUCACUGGACACCACCACGGACACAGCGUGGUUUGUGUUGGCAACGGAAGAUGGAGAGGUCGGUGAGGACCUGAGUACGCAAUCCUGGGGCUACGUGGACGGGGCCAAUGUGGCUCCUAUGUGGGGCAGCGUGAAGCAUGCCAACCUGGCAGGGCUCAACCUGACUGGGCUGGUUUUCACCAUGCGCCUGGACCAGGAGUCACAAGUCGGGAUCAUUCGUGUGACCCCACCAGAAGGCUAUGGCCAGCCGAGCUGCGAAGAUGCAGCCGACGUGCGGGGAGCGCCGCGCUGGCCGAUGUCUCUAAGACGCUUUGGGCCCUAUUGCCAAGAAGCGGCGAACGAGUCCCACACGGAGGUCCUCCUCACCCAGCCGCUUCCCGUUGGAUCUUGGGCUUUUGCUCUGGCCAUCACCCUUCCAGAUGCAGCGGAAGACCCCCGAUUCCGCGUGGAGGUCUUCACAGCCGAAAGGAGUUUGGUGGAUGCUGCGACUUCCCUGGCUGCACCGGACUUACUCAGUGCCGGGCUCUGGCCGCUGACCGCCCCAACUCUGAUCUUGCGGAGCCGAAACGUUGCCUCGACGCGGCUGGUGCUAGAGAUCUCCUUCCGCUUCGAUCAGAUGAUGCCCGUUGCGACCGGGAGCAUCCAGGCCCUGCGCUUGCUGCCUCCCAGUGGAGUGCAGUAUGACGAGGAGUUUUCGCUGACAGUCGAGGGCUUGCCACUCGCACGAGGCAGCCCGACUGUGACAUCCUCACAGGCCUUUGUAACCCUCCUGGCUGCUUCAACUGUCACACCCGGUGACGUGAGCAUUCGUUGUGGAGUCAAGCUGGCUGGGGAGCCAACAGAGAACGUGUGGAUGUUUGACAUCUGCCGCCAACUUACUUGCUCGAGCGCAGAGGCUCUCCGCUUUCCUCUUCUCGGCCCCAGCGAGAAUGAGGAGCCCAUCCCCGAUGUGGAAGUCGGCUGCUGCCAUCAGCGGGUUCUGGCCCGGCUGGCUGCGGCGUUCACUCUCACACUUAGUCUCAGUGGCACUGGGUUCGUGAGCUGA